AUGGUCCAAGCUGUAUAUAAUUCUGGUGGGUAUUCUUAUAAGAUGGAUACUGAUGGUGACAGUCAGUAUUUUGCGCAUGGCUUCAUUGACUUUCGCUCCUCUGCUUUCGGCACUAUGGGCAAGAUGCAAGAUGUCUUUGUUAAAAUAAUCUAUCACAAUAGGACACUUGAGGUGCUUGUAGAUAAAGACUCUUAUGGCUACAAUUAUGAAAAGGUCAUUUCCUAUUCUCCCAUUUACCUCACCAAGGGAUAUUAUUUUGGCGUAUCUGCAUCUACCGGAGCGCUAUUUCCAGACUCCCAUCAUCUUGUGAGCAUGGACAUCUAUUCUAUCAGAGAGCCAAUGGAGGAGCCCGAAAAACCACAUUUGUCUCACACGGAAAAGGAAAGAAUAUUGUCACAUGAGAAAGUGAAAUCAAAAAUUGUCGAAGAACGUAUCCACAGCCAAGUUACGGCCAAUGUCAGUGAAGCUCUCUUUCAAACUGACAUGUACAACUCGAUAUAUAAAAUCCAAGAGAUGCUUCAUGCCAUUCUUGAUAAGACAUCUGAUAUUGAAAUAGCAAUCCCAGAAGCUAUUCCUCCUGAAGUUUUUCUAAAGGCCGGUCAGAAGCAAGAACAUCUGGAUUCAUAUUCUACUCACCUUUCAGGUCUUUCAAAGGACUUUUCCACCUCAUUGCAGUCAUUGAAACAAGAC